GGGACGGCCUCGCGCUGAUGCAUAUAAAUACUGCCCCGCUCCAGUCCGUGGACUUGGGCUGAGGCGGCCUUGAGAGCAACAUGCCUUCCAUGUUUGAGAAAACUGCCAAGAAACUGGCCAAAGAGGUUGGAGACAAAACACUCAUACCUGUCAAAAACUUGCUGGAUGCCACCAAAAUACGUCCAUUUUCUCUAAUACGGAAGAAGAAACCUUGGUCACUGUUUUGGGGACCACAGGAUAUUCCACUUGGUGUCUCCCUCAUGCAGAUCCUCGAACCAAGUUCGGUCCCAGAUGCUGUGAAAGUGCCAUUCCAAUUCAGGAACACUGACAUCAUGAAGCAGCAGGUGGCUUUGAGUGUGGAUGCUGGGGCAAAAGCCAGCUUCUCAGAGAGGACGGUUCAGAGCCAAGGAUCCUCCUUUGAUUGUCACAUUGUUACCAUCCCACAGGACAUCUUGCCAGACAUUCAAAAGAGGAAACUGAAGGAGCCAGAGGAGUCGUUUCUGAAACAAUUCCGGGCGGCAUCGAUCAACCUGUACGUUGUGACCGAGACUGUGGAGCUGCUCAACACUGCUGUGCUGCAGGAUUGCAGCGGUCUCAGGUUCUUGGGGAAAGUCUCCAUCCCGCUGAAUGCUUUCCUCAAGGGUAAAGGACAGGGAGGGGCUCUCAGACUGGGAGAGAAAACACUGACUGUGCCCCAGGGCUCGGUGUUGGCCUAUAAGAGGAAGCAGCUGGUUUUCAAGAAGGAAGGCUGGGACAUUCUUCACGUCGCAGAUGAUGAUGAACAAGAAACCUUUCAAGAUGUGGAAGUGAAGUUGUCCUGUAGAUCGAGCACUAAAGAGCUAGUAUGGAAACCCUCCUGCCUGGAUUUCAAGUGCCUACAAGAGGAGGUUUCCCAGAAAGUAGAAGUGGCCCAGCUCUCAAAGGACAUUCAGGACGUUGUGUUCUCCAAUAUCCAGGUCAUGCUUGGGGACCGAGAGGCUCUUCAGGAUCUCAUGGACACACUUGAACAGGAACCCUUUGGUCACUUGAAUGGCCCUGGUGGCACCAUCCUAAGUGGAUUGCGACAGGACUUGAGAGAUCCAUGGUAUGCCUCAAAGCGGCAGCUUGUCCUUUACCUGCUUGAAGCCAUAAUGAUGCUGAGUGACAUCCAACAUGACCUGCUGGCCCAGUCCAUGGAGAGGAAGAUCCUUGCCCAGCAGCGGGAUCUGGUGAGGAGCAUCCUGGAGCCCCACUUCGAAUGCUCUUAUAGCAUUCCCUUCACCCUCCAACCCAAGCUCCUCGCCCCACUCCAGGAGGAGGAUUUGGCCAUAACCUAUGGCCUGCUGGGCGAGUGCGGCCUGAAGAUGGAGCUGACCAUGUCGACCUGGGAGCCGGAAUCCAAGGAGCGCCUGUCUGUCCUGUACGCGACCCUCUUCGCGCUGCAGCGGCUGACUGAGGCCUGAGCCCUCCCUCCCGGCAGGCCAGGGAGUCAGCCCAGUGACACUGCAGUCAGUCCCGGCCCUGUCUUUGCUGAAAACACCCCUCACUGCUCCCUGUAUCCACGAGUCUGUAUCUAUUCCAAAAAAUAAGAGCUACACAGACUU